AUGGCUGAAAUCGUUGUUAGCGCGGUUAUCACAGUGUUGUGUGAGAAGUUGAAGGAUCACUUUGAAGUGAGAGCAUGGGUUUGUGUUUCUGAAGAGUGCCAUGUAUUUAACAUUAGUAAGGCUAUCUUCCAAGCAGUAACUGGACAAAACAAAGAUUUUGCCAAUCUAGAUCUGCUUCAUGUUGCCCUUAGAGAAGAACUUUCAAAAAAGAGGUUCCUACUUGUUCUAGAUGAUGUCUGGAAUGAAGACGACAGUAAGUGGGAACUCCUCCAAAGCCCUCUUCAUGUAGGGGCUCCCGGAAGUAGAGUUUAUUGUCACAACCAGGAGUACCAGGGUUGCAUUGGUGAUGGACUCACAAGAAACUUACCCUUUGAAUGUUUUGUCAAACGAAGAUGCUCUAUCAUUAUUUGCUCAACACGCGUUAGGUGA